AUUCUCAGCAAUCAGAACUUAGCUCGCUUAGUUCGCUACAAUUCAUAAAUUUACGUUUAAAGCUUUUGAGCACGCUGCUUUAAAGUUGCGUCGUAAUUGCGUAUCAACAACAACAAACCAUAAACAGCCAACGCUGACAAAAAUCCAACUAUUUUGCUGUUUUGUGUAGUAGCUAUAUAUUUUACAUGGGUUUAACAGAUCAAGACUGGAUUGGCAGUGCGGUCAGCUUGACCUGCGACGACGAGCUGGGAGUUUUUCAGGGGCAGAUUCAGAAAAUAUCUGCUGAAGAAAUAACAAUAGUGCGCGCUUUUCGGAAUGGCGUGCCUCUGCGUAAGCAGAACGCUGAAGUUGUACUUCGCUGUUCUGAUAUAAGAAGCAUUAAUCUUAUAGAACCAUUUAAAGAUAUUGAGACUACGACUCCGACUGUAAUUAACAGACCCACGCCGGUAAAAUUACCAAAUUUUUCCAACAUUUUGGGCAAACAACAAAAACUACAAUUACAACAAAAACAUCCACAUAAUCAUAACCAAGCGAACGGUGAAAACUAUCCCAGUAGCAACUCUGCACUGAACAAUAAUAUGCAGCAAAUGAUGCUUAAUUUAAAUUUAAGUGCUCAAACAGGAACGCAAAGCGCACUGCAAAACUCACGUACCUCCUCUGCCCAGCAGCAACAACAACAACAACAACAACAACACCAGGUGCAUCAGAUGGCAACAACACCAAAAACAGUUUCCGCGUUCUUUGGCAACAUGAUUCCAAGUAAGGUAGAGGUUAAACUGGGUUGCGCUGGAUAUAGUGCCAGCGGAAACGUUGGAGGAGGCGUUAACCAUGUCGAAAGCUACUGUAGUAGUAGUGCAGAUGGCAGCAGCGGCAGUGGUGAAGUAGUUGCUGCUAUCAGCAAGCCUAUUGACAUUAUUCAAAGCGGCAAUAGUGGAUACUUCAACUCUGCGCCGUCAAACUAUAGCAAGAGUCGACGCAACACAGCACAAAACGUUGGCUUUAACUCUACUUCUUAUUCAGCUAAUGGAAAUGGAAAUGGUAAUGCUAAAAACAAACAGCGCAAUCGGAUUCGUCGCGAAAGUAGCAUACGGCAGCAACAGGAGCAAACUUUUGGCAGCGAAGCUGAUGAUCCACUAUUGCGUGAAGACUUUGACUUUGAAGGAAAUCUUGCCCUUUUUGACAAGCAGGCUAUUUGGGAUGAUAUUGAAUCGACGCAUCAGAAGCCAGAUCUAGUACGCCAUGCCGUUCAUGCUCAAAAGCAGCAUGAAGAAAAAAAAUAUCGUCAUGAUGAAAACAUUUUAGCCAGCAAGCCAUUGCAACUACGACAAAUACAGAGUAUGUUUGAUGGCAGCAAGUCGUUUGUUACUGACGAUGGCCUAAUAAUACCCACUAUACCGGCUUAUGUGCGUCAAAAGAUUGAGCUUAGCGCCGAGAAAGCCGGAUUAUCUCAACAGCGCCAAAUUGAUUUACUAGCGCGUGGCGCUAGUGAUUUAGCAAUCACACUGCUAGGAGGAGCUCGUCGGUUGACACCAGCAAAUAAUCAUCAGUGGCCAAAGAUAGCCAUUAUUUGUGAGGAGGUUAACUCAGUUAGAGCAAGCAACAUUGGAUGCGCCACUGGACGGCACUUAGCCUCCCAUGGAUUGACCGUAUUUCUUUAUUUGGGGAAAUCUGCUGCUUUUGAUGAAAAGAAUAUCAGCUCCGAAAUAUCAUUGUUCAAAGCUACUGACAGCACCAUAGUACACUCAUUGGACGCAUUGCCCACAACAGAUUUGGUCAUACUAUCAUCAAAUACCUAUAAGCUAUCAGAUACAGUGAAAAAAUGGAUCAGCAUAAACAGAUCAUCAAUACUCGCCGUCGAUCCUCCACCAAGUGGUAUUCAGGAUGUUGGGAUCAAAUAUUCAAUUUUUCCUAUAUUACCAUUAAUACAAGAGCAAAAUAAUUUAAAUGCUGAAGCUACAUUACCUACAGCAACGAAUAUAUGUGGCAAACUGUAUUUGUGUAACUUAGGAAUACCAGUUAAAUUUUAUCGAGAUUGUGGUAUUAAGUACAAAAGUCCAUAUGGACACAAAGAUGUGAUACCAAUUCACUCUAGGGACUGAGCAGGAACAUACUUACCAUACAAGCAGCUGCACUUUCAAUUCUAUGAAACACAUUUAAAUCCCUUAGCCCGUGUGUUAAAUUUUAUGAUUUGUCUAUAUGAUUAUUAUUGUAAGUCUCUUAUUACUCCAUGUUUUCUUUACGAUUAGUUUUAUCUAAGUCGUAAUGCGUGGCCUAAUGUUUCAUCUUUUCUGUCAAUGAAUGUUCCUGAAUUAUUCUAGUGAUCAUUUUUAAAUAAAACUUCUAUAUUUUACUUGACUCUUGUGCAUAAGCAAACUAGUCUUCAAUUUAAAAAAUUCUUAUUCUUGUGUGCAUCGUAAAACAAAUCGCAGCUGCUUACCGGCUUAAUCAUAAGAAAUUUUAAAUUAAU